AUGUAUCCAGAUUGGCCGCGCUCACGCGAAGAUCUCGUACCUCUGCCGCAAUGCGACGGGCCGAAGUUAAAUCCGUUUAAAUUUGAUGGCAACCCGUCGAUCGAAUUUCUCGAUUACCUGGGCGAGGGGUUACAUGCCCAUGUUUUCAAGGUCCGGAUGGACAACCAAAUAUACGCUCUUAAGCUGUUCCGAUUCCUCUACGACGAUGCAUGGAUGGGCCCCCCCGACUACGAAAGCACCGCCGAUCCAGAAGACCGGGAACUCAUGAGUGCCUUUUACGAUUAUUCCGAGCCCUUCAACUGCGAGUGCCGGGCGUUUGGGCGCCUGCAGGAAGCCGGCCAUGAGGACCUUUCCAUUCAGGCACCUGGGCGUAUGGAGAUGCGGUCCCGAUUCCUAGGCCGGGAUGGCCGUGUCCCCCCAAUACGGGGCAUUGUGAAGGAAUUUGGGCACGCGCCAGAGGAGGAGGAUGUGCAGCCGGCCGACUUCCGCAAAAUUCUGCAUGAUAUCCCCCUCUUCCAACAGUUGGGCAUCUUCUACCUAGAUGUUGCGGCCCGGCAAAUCGUGUCCGGGAAGUUCAGUGAUUUAAGCACGGCCAUCACGGUGCCACAUUUUGUUAUCACCCCUGAAUUGAAUCCGCAGCUGACCCCCGACAUGCGGGAGGCCCUGGAGACGGAAACCUUUCGCCUAACCUUGGACGACUAUAGGACGUUCGAUGAAGUGGUUGAUGACUGGAACCAGCGACAUGCCGAUCAAAAAGGUGCCGUGUCGGUGCGUGCAUUCCCUGGUGGAUCGGGUACUCCAAAGCUGCGAACCCGCGUGUCGAGAGGCCAGUCCGCCCAGGACCGCGUGUUCACGUUUAUAGGAACUUAA